CCAUUUUUCAGAGGAAGAAACUGAGGCUCAAGGAAUGUACCUCGGGGAGCAAUCUGAGGAGGCGAACCUGGGGAUGCCGCACAGCUUAGAAGAGCAAAUACUCAGCUCCACAUUCGAAGCUUGUGACCCUCAGAGGACAGGUACUGUGACUGUGACCCAUGUGCUGGCCUAUCUGGAGGCUGUGACAGGCCAGGACCCCCAGGAUCCACGCCUCCAAACAUUGGCCCACAGCCUGGACCCCAGUGGGGAGGGUCCUCAGGCCACCGUGGACUUGGAUACCUUCCUGGUUGUCAUGCGGGACUGGAUUGCUGCCUGUCAGCUGCAUGGGAGAUUAGAGCUGGAAGAGGAGACCGCCUUCCAGGGAGCCCUGACCUCCCAGCAACUGCCAUCUGGAUGCCCAGAAGCUGAGGAACCAGCCAACCUGGAGAGCUUCGGAGGCGAAGACCCCAGACCUGAGCUACCUGCCACAGCUGACCUGCUGAGCAGCCUGGAGGACCUGGAGCUCAGCAACCGACGUCUGGCUGUGGAGAAUGCCAAGCUCCAGCGGAGUGUGGAGACGGCUGAGGAAGGGUCAGCACGCCUUGGAGAGGAGAUCUUGACCCUGCGCAGGCAACUUCGCAGCACCCAGCAGGCGCUACAGUUUGCCAAGGCUGUGGACGAGGAGCUGGAGGACCUGAAGUCUCUGGCCAAAAGCCUGGAGGAACAGAACCGCAGCCUUCUGGCCCAGGCCCGGCAGACGGAAAAGGAGCAGCAGCAUCUGGUGUCUGAGAUGGAGACUCUGCAGGAGGAGAAUGGGAAGCUGCUGGCUGAACGGGAUGGAGUGAAGAGGAGGAGUGAGGAGCUGGCUAUGGAGAAGGACUCUUUGAAGCGACAGCUCCGUGAGUGUGAACACCUCAUUUGCCAACGCGACACCAUCCUCUCUGAGCGCACACGCCAUGCAGAAAACCUGACCAAGACCUUGGAGGAGUACAGAGUGACAACCCAGGAACUGAGGCUGGAAAUCUCACACCUGGAGGAGCAGCUGAGUCAGACCCAUGUGGGGCCAGACGAGCUACCUGAAAGGGCCCAGGCAAGAAGAGUGGGCUGGACCAAGCUGCUGCCCCAAUCCCUGGGCUUGGAGAUCGAGGCUAUUCAGCAGAUACAAGAAGUGGCAGCUGCUGAUCUCUCCAGCCCUCUCUGUGGGGUGUGGCAGUGGGAGGAGGUCAUCAAUGAGACCAGUGAGGAAACUGGGUUUCCACCCGAAGCCCCAGAUGGGGGACAGAGAAACUUCCAGGAAGAGCCAGCACACCCUGGAGAAGGAAGGAAGGAGACAUCGAUGUGGUUGACCAGAAGAGAGGAAGAGAAGGAAGCUGAGAGCCAAGCCAUGACUGAUCCCCCCAUCCCUCCGGAAGAUCCUCAUUCUGGAGACAUCCCAGAACGCCCUCCUGAGAGCGGCCCCGCCCAGCCGGAACUCCAGCAAGCCCUCGUGCCUGUGAUUAAAGAGCUGGUCCCAGUCAAGAGGAGGCCCUGGGGUCAGCUCUGCUGGCCCCCACAGCGGUUCAGGGUCACUCGGCAUCCACUGACCCCAGCCUGGGUCCUGGGCCUGCUGCUGCUGUUGCUGCUGCUCUCUCUCCUGCUGCUGGGCCAGUCCCCACCCCCCACAUGGCCCCACCUCCAGCUCUGCUACCUCCAGCCCCCCCCAGUGUGAGGAGUGCUCCCUUUCCCCCUCUGAGCAAUGUCUAGCUCAAUAAAUCCCCCAGGGUUCUUUGUACUG